AUGGUCACCAUGUUUAUUUAAAUAAAUUUAUGAAUAAUUAAAAUAUUUUGUUAGAUUUAGUAGAUCCUGAGACACUUGACAAACUGGUUGAAAUUAUAAGGGAGAAACCUGAGAUAGAGGAAGGGUUUGAUAAAUGUCUAUGGUGGCAUAUUUUCAGGAAAACAUUCUCUAAUAUUAUCUUUAAAACAAUAGAUAUUGGAACUGAUAUAGCUGCAGCUGCUGAACAUUUCGAGAGACGGGAUUAUAAAUAUGCUGCUCUUACUCUUUUCUUUGUUUAUCUUCCAGGUUUUGUGUUAUCUUGUGGAUUUACUAUCUGGGGAUUAUUUUACAAGCGUGAAGGUGAUCCUCCAGUUAGGAAAAAGAUAUCCCUGGAUAGAAUUGUAAAAUAUAUUGGUCUGCUCUUCCUCUUCCCAUUCUUGUAUCCGAUCAUACAAAUUCUUCUUGGAGUCCUGUUUGUUGGAUUACUGAUCAGAAGACGGGAUCAUGUUGCCAGACACUUCAUGGGUCAUGAUCUUAAGCAGUUUAAAUCUUUAGAGGGAUUUCUUGAGUCUGGUCCUUCCUUCUGUCUGCAGACCUAUAUUUUAAUGGUGGGACACAAGAAGGGAACAAAUAUAGAUUGGGAUAAUGUUAAGGAAGACGACAUUGAAAGGUUACUUCUGCUCAGCUGUUCCAUCCUCUUCUCCUUUCUUAGUCUUGUGAAAACAUCUUGCAGCGUGAAUGUGCCUGAUCCAGACCCACGACGGACCAAGCCACAGUACAAGAAAUCCGCUAAAUAUUUCGUUUUAACACUUGUACUCUUCAACCUUACCUGUAUUCUCUACAGAGUUAUUGGAAUAUCAUUUUUCUGUGUGUAUUUGAGGCAGUACAUAAUACUCAUAAUUGUUACAGGCUUUCUGUGUAAUUUAUGUACAUGGUUGUACAUGAGUCGGUCACCUACUAUUAGCAUCAUUCUAGGUGCUAUUUCCAUUUUUGUUCCCAAUGGAUAUCUUCUCUACAACUUUGCUGGCACUCUAGUGGUGGAUUUGAGCAGGCGAGGAACUAAAGUCGUCUUCUUUGUCAGCACUAUUGGACCAAACAUCAUCUGGGCAGGAGGUAUAGUGGGGGUGGCAAUUUACACUGGAACGUCAGGACUAACUUUGGAGCAUAUUAUCAGUGAUCAUGAUACACAUCUCAAGUUUGUAAUCGGCAUGAACAUUGUACUAGGUAUUUUGGGAUUGUUGUCAACAAUGCUUGGAAUUGUACAUUGGUACUGCAGCAAAACCGUUAGAAGCAUCUGCCUUGGCGAGAACAGCGCAUACUGGAGCAGUUUUGCAGCAGCAACCCUACCCUUCCCACCCCAGCUAGUAUCUCUCUGUGAGAAGGAUAGAAAACUCAAGCAUAAUUACCGGGAUACCCUUGUCAACAUCACAACAAGAAUUCGAGAGAUGAAUCGAGGUGACAAACAUCCCCAUAUACCAACAGACAUGGCUCCAUGCUUCCACACCUGGGGUGUUCGUAUCAUGCAACACAGCAAAGUGAUCGGACCCGCUAACCUCAUGGAAAAUUUUGCUGACCACCGACUAGUAUCCUGGAAAGGCACUAAACUCAAGCAAAUGCUUCAUCUCUCAGAUGCACUAAAGCUAAAGAUGGGCAAAUCUAUAGUGACAUAUUUUGAAGUGAUCUAUAGAAUGACCGCGGACAGUUUUAGAUCUAAGAAUGAAGCUCUAGCUCAUAGAUCAACUAAAGCCAAGAUCUAAUGUCCCAAGCCACCAAAAUACAGUUCAGGUUCAAGGUUUAUUUGAUAAACUAUAUAAACAUUAUAAAUUGGUUAACUAUCCAAUGUUUUGUGCAUUUAUCGAUAUUUUAUCGUAUUCUUUCUUAUUUCUUUUCUAACCUCUUCCUAUGAUAUUAGACGAGAAGUCUUUUUUUUUACCCUAGACGAGAAGUCUUUUUCUAUUUUCUAUUAUAUUCAAAAAGAGAGUCCUUUUUCAUUUCAUGUAGGAUCUUAUUCCAGAUCUCAGAGUUGUUAAGUCUUUACUAGUUUAAAUUCCGUACCUUAAAUUAGAGAGUAAUUUGCGAGAAGCAUCUUUGUAUAUAUAUAUAUAUAAAUGA